CCACUGUUGCGUGUCAGUUCUGACGAAAGAGCUUCAAGUUCCACUCGCUUUUAAAGUCCAAGAGAUGUCAGACCUGAAAGAACUGUGCAUUUUUCAAUCCAUGUUGAGAUAUAGGUGCUCAUUCUACAAUGCCCCUUGGCCCUUUUGACCGCCGCACUAAACGUUUCCGUUGCAUAACUUGCGCGGCAAGCCACUCCAAGUGUUCCGGCUGUAUCCCCUGCAUGCGAUGCCAGAAACGCAGCAUACGAUGCGUAUUUCCAGUAUCGCCGCCCUCGGAAAACGGACACGUCAUUAUGCUGGAUAGGGGAAAAACACAUACAAUCAGAGACUUCGUAGCUCCGAGUGCAUCCUAUCCUCGUGCACCGUUUCCACAUGCUACGACACGAUAUUUCUUCUAUUUUGAUUUGUUUGUGCGAAGAAACAGCUUCACGGGAAGAGAACCGUUCUUUCUUGCCGACGUUCAAAAUGCUGUAAAGAGUUCUGGCACUAUGCAACGGUAUCCGUGCCCCUGCCUGCUCGACGCAAUGCUAGCUUUGGGUGCUAUGCACGCAACGCUCAUAGGCGCCUUGGAAUACCAAGCUGGUUUGCGGUUCGCGACUGAAUCGUAUAUGAAGUCUGUUGCUGGACUCCGAGAAGCUGUCACGAGUUUUUCAUCGUCACAGAGAGACACCAUACUCUGGACAACUUUGUUCCUCGGUCUCUUUGAGCUGAUGCAGGACGCCUCCGGCCAAAAGUGGCUUCAACACAUGGUUUUCGGCACCUCAAAGGCUCUAAUUGCAAGUGGACCGGCAACAUGCAAUUCCGGGACCAUGCGAAGAUUUUUUGUCCAGGCUCGCAGCUUUGAAGUCUGCAGGUCUAUCAUUUUCAACCAACCCAGCUUUCUAGCAGCUCCCGAGUGGAUCGAUUUGACAGACAGUUUGUCAAAGUCCAGUGUUGCGAUGGCUCAGGACUCAUUAGACGAACUCUUGAAACUGAUUGUGCUAUGUUCAGCAUUGCGGGCUCGUACAGCUGAGUUUAUAGAAUCUAUUACGGGUCGCCCAAAUGUGGAGGGUCGCUUUUUGGAAGCCAUGAGCAUUGCAACUGAAGGCUUUAACUUGCGUGAAUCUCUUGAAAGCUGGAAAGGUUCUGCUGUUUUCCCACCCGAGAGGCGCGAAGAGAUGCUCUUGUCAACUGUUUGGUAUUCGGCGACUAGUAUCUAUCUUUCCGGAAAUUACGACUAUGAUCUGCCUCACUGGCAGGCAAUGGGAGUUGGAGUGCAAGUGUUGGACUCAGCGGAGAUUGCAAAACACUUCGACGCCAUUAUCUUAACAGUUAAGGAAGCAAUGAGGGCCUCUAGCUUGUCGCCCUUGAUGUUCUUGUUUCCAUUGAGAAUUGCUGGAGCACGAGCGAAACAGAGAUGGCAGCAGUGCCUUGUCAAGGAAUUGUUGCAGGAAGUCCGCAAAAACUUUAUUGUGGCGGAUGCAAUGUUGACUGAGCUCGCUGAGUUGUGGUCUUUAAGCACUAUCUCAUCGUAAUCACGCGACUACAAGUCUACAGGCCAACGGCAAUAACGAUGUGCAAGUAGUUGUAAAGGACGAGUCAUUCGUUUUGAAACACCAUUUACAUAAUAUUCAGAGUUUUUGAUUUCCUUUUGACUGGCGAUCAAACGUUGAGGGUCGACUCUAAUCGCGGUGCUGGUUGAUACGGC